GUGACGCUGUUAGAUGUACUUGUGUGCUGCUAGAUGUAUGUGUUCUUUGUUAUCAAAAUUCAAUAAUUAAAUAGUGUUAAAAUGAUAAUAUUUCAAAGUUGAAUACAUUAACAUUUAAUGAUGGAAAAAACUGUUUAUUGCAUUAUCGGCGAAAGGUGCAAGUGUUUAAAAUGUACAUUAGACAAAAAUAUGACUGACGCUGAAAUGAUUCGCAGUAGGUUGAAACAAGCAUGUUUAACAGACAGCUUAUUAGACAGAAAAAUGAAAAAUCAUGACAUCUUCUUACACAUAAGAGAUGCUGGAAGAAAUGAUCAAUUUCGGGAACUUGAAAAAGAUAAGGUUAUAGCAAAUAGUAUUGAUGUAAAUGUUGUUCUUAUUAGACCUUCAACAGUUGAUCUAAGAAAAACAGUUUCUAAAACAGAAAUAACUGCUGCAAAUCGACAUAAAUUUAUUGCGUUUUGGGGUGAAUAUUUAUACAAUGAAACUGAUGGGACUCCAUCAAAAGAUCAGUAUGGUAAUUUAGCUUCUGAUUCAGUUGCUGAAUAUUUAGAAUUAUCUGCUGGUCCCAGUGGAAAUGGUUUAGUUCGAACUCAAUUAAGUUCAUGGAUUCGAAAUCAUCGAAGAAAUUUAAAGGCACCAGAAAGUAGGAAAAGCACUAAACGAGAUCAAGUAGGAAACCCCAAACCUAAACCACCAUCAGAACUAGCUGUGGCUCUUCCAUCUCCUUCGUAUGGAUAGUAAUAAUAAUGAUUUUCAGCUGUUAAAGUUAAAUGAGAUUGUUUGAAUAAUGAACAAAUGUUUGAACUUCCUACAAAGUACUGUUGUUUUAUGUACACUGAGAAAAAAAUUUACUUCAUACAAAAAAUAUUUCAUUUGAUCAUUAACAUUGAAA